CAAACUGCUACAAAUGGGGAGGUGGGAGAGGAGGACAGCCUGAUGUAAAUUUACCACUAUGUGAAGUUCUAAAGUAACUAUAGAAGUUUCUAUUAUUGCUCAAAGCCAAACAGAGGGAGAAAGACAAAUAAGUGACUUGGCACUUCUGUCCAACUGAGGUGAGACUCUCUCUCUUUGUAAUCCUGGAGUGAGAGUGCAGGUGAACUAACUUCCUGCAAACACACACAGACCUACGCAUACGGGGACAGCUGUGUGUUGCUGGAGAACAGUCUGAUUAAACAGUGCAUUGGUUCCCUGUGCCAAUCCUGGAAAAUAAUGAAUUGGGUAAGGAACAGUUAAUAAGAAAAUGUGCCUUGCUAACUGUGCACAUUACAACAAAGAGCUGGCAGCUCCUGAAGGAAAAGGGCUUGUGCUGCUGCCGUUCAAACUUGUCAGUCAACUCGUGCCAGCAGCCUCAGCGUCUGCCUCCCCAGCACACCCUCAUUACAUGUGUCUGUCUGGCCUGAUCUGUGCAUCUGCUCAGAGACGCUCCUGACAAGUAGGGAAUUUCUCCAUUUCUCCCUGGUGCAAAGAGUGGAUUUCUCCCUGCUUCUCUUCUAUCACCUCCGUGCCUCUCCCCAAGGAGGCUCUUUGAUUUAUGGUAGCUUUGGACUUCCUUCAGCGUCUGCCUGCUCUUGACUUGUAGAAUGGAAGAAGCUGAGCUUGUGAAGGGAAGACUCCAGGCCAUCACAGAUAAGAGAAAAAUACAGGAAGAAAUCUCUCAGAAGCGUCUGAAAAUAGAGGAAGAAAAACUAAAACACCAGCAUUUGAAGAAAAAGGCCUUGAGGGAGAAAUGGCUUCUCGAUGGAAUCACCAGUGGGAAAGAACAGGAAGAGAUGAAGAAGCAAAAUCAGCAAGACCAGUACCAGAUCCAGGUUCUAGAACAAAGUAUCCUCAGACUUGAGAAAGAUAUCCAAGAUCUUGAAAAGGCUGAACUGCAAAUCUCAACCAAUGAAGAAGCAAUUUUAAAGAAACUAAAAUCAAUUGAGAGGACAACAGAAGAUAUAAUAAAAUCUGUGAAAGUGGAAAAGGAAGAAACAUUGGGAGAAUCAAUUGAGGAUAUCUAUGCUAAUAUCCCUGACCUUCCAAAAUCCUAUAUACCUUCCAGAUUAAGGAAGGAAAGAAAUGAAGGAAUAGAAGAUGAUGAACAAAACAGAAAAGCUUUGUAUGCCAUGGAAAUUAAAGUUGAAAAAGACUUGAAGACUGGAGAAAGUACAGUUCUGUCCUCAAUACCUCUCCCAUCAGAUGACUUUAAAGGUACAGGGAUAAAAGUUUAUGAGGAUGGGCAGAAGUCAGUCUAUGCGGUCAGCUCUAAUCCUAAUGCAGCACACAAUGGCACCCAUGACCUGGCCCCAGUAGAGGUGGAGGAGAUUUUAAGACAAGCCUCCGAGAGAAACUCUCAAUCACCAACGGAGUAUCAUGAGCCUGUAUAUGCCAAUCCAUUUUGCAGGCCAGUGACCCCACAGAGAGAAAAGGUCAUCCCUGGACCAAACUUUCAAGAAAGGAUAAAGAUGAAAGCCAAUGGACUGGACAAUGAUGUAAACGAAUCCAUGUACAAUAUGGACAAUGGAAUUUUAGAAGAAAGGAGCGAUGACUUCAAUCAUAUCAGUCCCAUCCAGCCAACACCUCCUCCCCGAUCAAUGACUCACCAAGCAGAAGAGACGUUCCACACCCCUCAGAAGAGGAUGAUGCCUCCUUGGGAAGAAUCGAAUAUCAUUCAGGACAAAUAUGUGCCCUCUCCGAAGGCCAGACUGAGCCCCAGCAAAGCAACAGUUGGGAAGUCUGAACCCCAUGGUUCUUCACCCACUCUCCAGGAGGAAGAGGAUGUUAGAUACAAUAUUGUUCAUUCAUUGCCUUCUGACAUGGAUAAUACAGAACCUGUAACAAUGAUUUUCAUGGGGUAUCAGCAGGCAGAAGAUAAUGAAGAAGAAAGAAAGCUGCUGACAGGGUAUGAUGGGAUCAUCCAUGCUGAGCUGGUGGUAAUUGAUGAUGAGGGGGAGGAGGAGGAAGGAGAAGUGGAGAAGCCAUCCUACCAUCCUAUAGCUCCCUGCAGUCAGGUUUACCAGCCAACCAAACCAACACCACUUCCUAGAAAGAGAUCCGAAGUUAGUCCUCAGGAAAACACAAACCAUAAGUCUCCCCACAAAAAUUCUAUAUCUCUGAAAGAGCAAGAAGAAAGCUUAGGCAACCCUGGCCGCCAUUCUCCACUUGAUGUUCCGACAGCUGGAGAUGGGACUGAGGAUCCAUCCUUAACAGCUUUAAGGAUCAGAAUGGCAAAGCUGGGGAAAAAAGUGAUCUGACGGCUGAAUCACCUAUGUGAGCAACCUCUGGAGAAGAAAUUAAGAAAUGUCUGCAGAUUUCUCUUCAGGAUAUUUUGUUUCAUUUUCCUGGAAUCCCCCAAAAAUAUAUAAUUAUAUCCAUAUUAAACCAUGUGAAUAAGUAGUAGUUAUUAUCUGUGAAAAAAUUCCAAAACAGCUGCGGAGAACAACUGCUUAACUUUUCCAGUAAUUUGACAUGAUUCAGUGGGAAGGGGGCUAAAACCAGCAUAUUUUUAUUGUAUUGACACCAAAGCAUUUCUAAUAAGAGCUUGUUAAAUGUAAGAAUAAAGUUAUUUAAAGUA